AUGGAAAAUUAUAUAUUAGAAGAAUCUUAUAUAUCACCAAUUGCUAAACCGAAAUUAACAGGUAAAUCACUUCUACGUUCAUUAAAACUUAUAAAACGUGCAUUAACAGUAGAAAAACUUGCUAAACAAUAUAAACUAGGACAAUCCAAUAUUAAUCAACUUAAUAAAUCUAAUUUACAAUCUACAACUGAUGAUAAAUCUAAUUUACAAUCUACUGAAGUUGUUAAUUCGAGUUUGAAUGAAUUGAAUGAUAUGAAUUUGGAUAUACAUUUGACUAGACUUGUAAAAAGAGGAGUAUUAGAUGUUACAAAAUCAUUACGUAAAGGUAUAAUAGGAAUAGUAUUAAUAGCAUCAGAUGUACAUCCAAUAGAUGUAGUAUCACAUUUACCAAUUUUAUGUGAAGAAUUAUCAAUUUCAUAUGCUUACGUAACUAAUAAAAGAAUAUUAUCUGAUAUAUGUCAAUCUAAAAGACCAACAUGUGCAGUAUUAAUUGUUAAACCUGUAAAAGAUUUACCAAAUAAAAUUAAAAAAUUAUCUGAAAAUAAUAAACUCGAUUAUACCAAAUUAUAUCAUAAAGUCGAUCAGAAUAUUAAAAAAUGUCAUCCAUAUCUUUAA